UGUGUGUCUGUGUCUGUGUGUCUGCUGUAGCUAGCUACUACUGCAAGAUAAUAGCGACAGGCACAAGCACCCGGAAGGCACGAAAGUGAGGAACACAAGAUGAAUCGAUUCAAGACUUCAAAAUUCAAAAACACCACCCCGAAGAUCCCCAAGAAGGAUGGCUGGAUCGGCAAUGUCAGGGCGGGCUCCUUCACCUCCCUGGGGAACCACAUCAAAGCCAGCUGCAGGCUUGUGGCCUUCAACACGGAGCAGGCCGGUGGGGGGAUGCUGGGUCUGGUGUCCCUGGAGGCUGGGUCCGAUGGCAAGUGGACAGUGUCUCAGGUCCCCUGUCACGCUGACCAGGUGACCGAUCUGGACUUCUCGCCAUUUGAUGACCUUGUCCUGGCCACGUGCUCGGCUGACGAGACGGUGAAGGUGUGGCGGCUCUGUGAGCCCGGUGAGGAGCAGCCGAGCUCAGCGGAGGUGACCCUGUGCCCCGGGCAGGGCCGGCUGGAGACUGUCCUCUUUCACCCCACAUCCUCCGGCCUACUGGCCGUGGGCUCCUCCCAAACCGCUCAGGUGUGGGACAGCAGCCGGGACUCCCCCCUUGCAGCUCUGGAGCAGCACCCGGAUCAGCUGCAGGGUGUCACCUGGAAGCAGGAUGGCUCUCUUCUGGCCACCUGCUGCAAGGACAAAAAGCUGCGAGUCUUUGACCCCAGAGCCCAGCUGACACCUGUUCAGAGUGCUGUGGGACACCAGAACAACAAGGACUCGCGCGUACUCUGGGUCAAGGACUCGGACCACAUACUGACCACUGGCUUCAGUCAGAUGCGGGAGAGAGAGGUGAAGCUGUGGGACAGCAGGAAGCUGGGCUCCUCUCUGGGCUCUGUGUCACUGGGCACCUCCAAUGGAACAUUGAUGCCUCUGUUUGAACCUGACUCUGGGCUCCUGGUGGUGUCUGGAAAGGGUGACAGUGUUAUCGACUGCUUCGAGGUGACCGACACAGAACCCUUCCUCUCUCAAGUGAGCCACUGUCUGACCGAGGCCGCCUCUCGUGGCGUUGCCAUGGUGCCCAAGCUCGCCCUGGACGUGAGCUCGUGUGAGGUCCUGAGGGUGCUGCAGCUGACCGACAGCUUCAUCGUGCCGGUCAGCUACCACGUCCCACGCAAGGCUGGACAGGACUUCCACGCAGAUCUGUACCCAGACACCGUGGGCCAGACAGCAGCCAUGACAGCAGAGGAGUGGUGGCAGGGAGGGAACAAACAGGUGGAGAGGGUCAGCCUCCACCCAGACAAGAGGCCAAAGCCCAGCGCCCAGCCAGCCAAUCCUGAGCCAGCAAAGGGGAAGCUGCCAAGUGGGAGGAGCAAAGAUGAGGCUCCCACAGGUUGCUCCACCUCCAGCAGUCCGAUGACCACUCCCAGCAGCAGUGCGGCUCCCUCCCGCUCCCCCUCCUCCACCAGCGGCCUGUCCUCCGGCUUCCUGCCCAGCCCCAGCCAGAGCGCCCGGGCCAUCCAGAGCAUGCUGGGGCCCAGCUCAAAGUUCCGGCACAUCCAGGGCAACGUGCUGCACCGCGACACCCACUUCACCAACCUGCGCGGCCUGAACCUGACCACGCCCGGCGAGUGCGACGGCUUCUGUGCCAACGCACAGCGCAUGGCCGUGCCCCUGUCUGUCGCUGGGGGCCAGAUCGCCGUGUUUGAGCUCUCUCAGCCUGGGAAGCUUCCGGACACUGCCCUGCCCUCCAUCCAGAACACAGUGGCUGUAGCUGACCUCUGCUGGGACCCCUUUGACAGCCACAGGCUGGCCGUGGCUGGAGAGGACGCUAAGAUCCGGCUGUGGCAGGUGCCGAAGGGCGGGCUGACGGAGACGGUGACGGAGCCGGAGUGCGUGCUGCAGGGACACACAGAGAAGAUCUACUCCAUCAAGUUCCACCCUCUGGCCUCCGGGCUGCUGGCCUCCUCCUCCUACGACCUGACCGUGCGUCUCUGGGACCUGGACGCUGGGGAGGAGGUGAAGCUGCUGAGGGGACACCAGGACCAGAUUUUCGGCAUGGCGUGGAGUCCUGAUGGUCGGUUUCUGGCCACAGUCUGCAAGGACGGGAAAGUGCGCAUCUACGACCCCCGCAAGUCCACUGAGCCUGUGCAGGAGGGUCCCGGUCCAGAAGGCCCCAGGGGUGCCAGAGUGGUGUGGGUGUGUGAGGGCCAGUACCUGCUGGUGUCAGGGUUCGACAGUCGCAGUGAGCGACAGCUGUACCUGUACUCCGCCCAGUCCCUGGCCUCCGGGCCCGUGGCCAACACCCCCACGGACGUCUCGCCCUCCACCCUGAUCCCCUUCUACGACCCGGACACCAGCGUGGCCAUCCUCACCGGCAAGGGUGAUACGCGUGUGUACAUCUUUGAGAUUCUGGCGGAGCCACCACACUUCCUGGAGUGCAGCUGUUUUAAUUCCUCAGAGCCACACAAGGGACUCUCCUUCCUGCCGAAGACGGAGUGCGAGGUGCGUGACGUGGAGAUCGCACGGGCCCUGCGGCUCAGCAAGACCACCAUCGAACCCAUGGCCUUCAGGGUGCCCCGCGUCAAGAAAGAGUUCUUCCAGGAUGACGUCUACCCGGACACAGCGGUGUGGUGGGAGCCGGCUCUGACAGCCUCCGCCUGGCUCUCGGGCUCCAACGGACAGCACCGCAAGAUCAGCCUGCAGCCCAAAGACAUGACCCCUGUGAGCGAGGCACCCAAAGAGGCCCCGGUGAGGAAGUACAUGCCCUCCUCCUACUACCUGGAGGAAAAGACGGAUGAGCAGAAGAAAGAGGAGUUACUCAGUGCCAUGGUGGCCAAGCUGGGGAACAGAGAGGACCCUCUGCCCCAGGAGUCCUUCCAGGGAGUGGACGAUGAUGAGUGGGCGAAGUACCUGGCGCAGAUUAUAGUGAUGGGGGCGCAAGUGGUGGGACGCGCCUUCGCACGGGCGCUGCGGCAGGAGUUUGCAGCCAGCAGAGCCGCCGCGGAGGCGAGGAGCCGGUCGGGGCAGCAGUCGGCGGCUGCCUCCAGCAUCUCUGGCAUGACCUUACAGGAAGCGCAGCAGAUCCUCAACGUUUCCACACUCACUCCAGAGGAAAUCCAGAAGAAUUACGAGCAUCUUUUUAAAGUCAAUGACAAGUCAGUGGGCGGUUCCUUCUACCUCCAGUCCAAGGUGGUACGAGCCAAGGAGCGAUUGGACGAGGAACUCGUCAUUCAGAAACAGGACAAGCCCCCAGAACAGCAACAGCCUGAAACAUGAGCCCCCGCCCCCACCACUCCCCCACCCUACUGUAAAUUAACUCCCAAUAAAAUCCUCUCCAU